UCUUUUUUAUUAUUUUUGUGCCCCUGAUGAAGACCUUUUUAGGUCGAAACGCGUAGGGCCACAUGCUGUUGCCAUGUGGUGUAAUUAGCAUAUCACACGAUGAAUCCCCAGUUUAAGAAUGAUGGAAACCGUCUCAGAUGGGAUCUGACUCCGAAACAGAUUGAGAUACUGACUGGUGAGGUCAUUGAGCAAACAAAGAGAGUUUAUGACCAGGUUGGGAGCCUAGACCUGAGCAGUGUCACCUAUGACAACACACUAAAGGUCCUGGCUGAUGUGGAAGUGGAGUAUUCAGGGAAGAGGAGCAUGCUUGAUUUUCCACAGCAUGUAUCUCCCUCAAAAGAAAUCCGUGCAGCAAGCACUGCGGCUGAUAAGAAACUGUCAGAGUUUGAUGUUGAACAAAGCAUGAGGGAGGAUGUUUACAGAAGAAUUGAACAUUUGCAGACCAUUAUACCAUCUAAUACUCUAAAACCUGAAGCAAAGCGAUGGCUAGAAAGAGUGAUCAAACUGAGCCAGAGGAAUGGACUGAAUCUCCCUUCAGACACCCAGGAGAAAAUUAAAUCCAUUAAGAAAAAGAUGAGUACACUCUCCAUUGAUUUCAACAAGAAUUUAAAUGAAGAUAUCACAUUCCUCACCUUCACAAAGGAAGAACUCGGAGGUCUCCCAGAUGAUUUUCUGAAUUCCCUGGAGAAGGCAGGUGAUGGGAAGUUAAAAAUUACAUUAAAAUAUCCACAUUAUUUCCCCCUGAUGAAAAAGUGUUUUAUUCCUAAUACUCGACAGAAGGUGGAAGCUGCUUUCAAUUCCCGUUGCAAAGAGGAAAAUAGCAGGAUACUUCAAGAGUUAGUGCAACUAAGGGAACAAAAUAGCAGUAUUCUUGGCUUUAAAACACAUGCUGAUUUUGUUCUGGAGAUGAAUAUGGCAAAGAACAGUGUGACUGUGGCAAGUUUUUUGGAGGAAUUGUCUCAAAAAUUGAAGCCGCUUGGUGAGCAGGAAAGGUCUAUCAUGUUAGAACUUAAGAAGAAUGAGUGUAAAAAACGUGGGCUGAAUUUUGAUAACCAGAUCAAUGCCUGGGAUAUGCGUUAUUAUAUGAACCAAGUUGAGGAGACUUCAUACAAUGUGGAUCAGAACUUCUUGAAGGAAUUUUUUCCAAUUGAGGUAGUUACUACUGGUCUCCUGGGCAUAUAUCAGGAGUUGUUGGGAUUGAACUUUGUCUUAGAAAAGGGUGCUGCUGUUUGGCAUGAAGAUGUGUCUUUGUACUCAGUAAGGGAUGCCACAACCGGACAACUCAUAGGAAAGUUCUAUUUGGACUUAUAUCCACGGGAAGGGAAAUAUUCACAUGCAGCAUGCUUUGGGCUCCAGCUUGGAUGUUUACUGCCUGAUGGCACCAGGCAGAUCUCUGUGGCUGCUAUGGUUGCCAACUUUACUAAGCCCACACAAGAUGCUCCCUCUCUACUACAACAUGAUGAAGUAGAGACAUAUUUCCAUGAGUUUGGACACGUUAUGCACCAGUUAUGUGCUCAGGCAGAAUUUGUACUGUUCAGUGGAACAGGUGUAGAGAGAGAUUUUGUAGAAGCUCCUUCUCAGAUGCUGGAAAACUGGGUUUGGGAAAGGGAAUCUUUGCAACGUAUGUCACAACAUUACAAAUCUGGUCAAGCAAUUCCUAAAGAGGUAUUGGAGCAUCUUAUAAAAUCCCGGCUGGCAAACACAGGUCUCCUAAACCUUCGACAGAUCGUUCUUGCCAAGAUAGAUCAGGUGCUGCACACACAGGUUGGCGUAGAUCCUGUUGAGGAAUAUAGCAAGUUAUCCAAUGAGAUACUUGGAAUCCCAGCUACACCUGGUACAAAUAUGCUAGCCAGCUUUGCACAUCUGGCAGGAGGAUAUGAUGCUCAGUAUUAUGGAUACCUAUGGAGUGAGGUAUAUUCUAUGGACAUGUUCUACACACGUUUUAAACAGGAAGGAAUCAUGAGCAAGAAGGUUGGUGCAGAUUAUAGGAACUGUAUUCUGAAGCCAGGGGGAUCACUGGAUGCCACUGAAAUGCUAAGGAACUUCCUAGGUCGUGACCCAAAGCCAGAAGCAUUUCUCCAAAGUAAAGGACUGGCUAAUGUUAAUGCUCCUGCACCCCAUGCUAGCUGAUCUACUAUCAUGCAGCACUAUCUGUAAUGACUUGGAAGUAGACACAUGACCAGGGUUAUGGAACACAACACUUUACAACAUUUUAGGGAACAGUUCAGUGUAAAAAUAAAAACUUGGUAAAUAGAUAGGCUGUGCAAAAUAAUAAAUGUUUCUAAUAUAGUUAGUUAGCCAAAAAUGUAAUGUAUAAAGGCUGGAGUAACUGAAUGUCUAAUAUAAUAGCCAGAACACCACUUUCUGCUUUUCAGCGGUAAGUCAGCUAGAAGUUUUUUAAAAAAAUGUAUUGAUAAAUAAGGGGAAAUAACCUGUGCGGAUCUGGUCGGAGUAUAUUUCAGAAAAUAAUGAAAUAAAUUCAGAUUUUUAUAAGUAACCCCCCCCCCCAAUGUAUAAUAAUUCAUACUUUUAAGUUGUGCUCCCCUCUUUGUAGGAACAUCUGAUACAGUUUUCCAUUUGCAACAGAGGAUUGUCAGCUAUUCCCAUUGCUAGUUGUAUCUAUUCGAAUUAAAUGAAGCUUGAGGGCCCCCAUAUCCUGACUUGUUCUGGACCACUGAAAUAUUCUUUUAUUUAGGUCUAGCCAUCACAACAUUUUUAAAUAACAAUAGUUUAAAAAACAGGAAGCUUUACAUUUGGUUUUUUUUUGUGGGUCAUAGCCUAAUGUUUGAUUAAUAGCUGGAUAGCAACCCUGAUAUGUGAAGCAAGCAAUAAGUGACUGUUGUUAUGAUUGUAAAAGAAACUGGAGCAGGCGCUCAAAUAAAGGCAAUCUUCCAUCAAA